AUGUGGGAUCUUCUCAGCCCCAGCCUCAACUCAGACAAGAUCACGGACAGCAAAGACGUCAAGAAAUGGGUCGAUAGCUACCUCGGCGUUGGCGAGUGGGUGAUGGACCAAUCCGUUGCUGUUAUGGGCUCAUCUGCCUGGUUCGAACGCCGCCGGUGA